AUGGACAAGAAUUACAAAUUCUUGCUCCUCCUCAUAGCUCAUCUUCUUCUAUAUUCCGCCGCCGCCUCCGGCGCCACCGCCGUCCCGGCAGUGCCGGUCCACGGGAGAGGCCAAUGGCAGCUUCUGAUGGAGAACGUCGGCGUCGUGGCGAUGCACAUGACCUUGACGCCGCACAACACGGUCGUGAUGUUUGACCAGUUGGGGUCGGGCGGGUAUCAUCUGCGGCGGCGCCACCGCGGCCGGAGGUGCGGGAAGCAGAGAGAAGACGCGUUCGACCCGUCGUGUUACGCGCACUCGAUCGAGUACGACGUCGCUAGCAACAAGAUCCGGCCGCUCCAUGUCGUCGCUGACACGUGGUGCUCGUCGGGGUCGAUGCUGACGAACGGGACGUUGAUGCAGACGGGCGGAUACGCCGACGGUGCAAGGAUGAUCCGGUACUUUAAACCUUGCGGCGAUCGUCGUUGCGAUUGGAGGCAGGGGAAACAGCAACUCUCGGACGACCGUUGGUACGCGUCGAAUUUGAGGCUACCGAUGAAAAACGAUACCGUGAUCGUCGUGGGAGGGCGGGGCGUGUUCUCGUACGAGUUCGUUCCAAAGAGGUCCCCGAAUGAGGGGGUUUACGAACUACCGUUAUUGCAGAGUACUUACGAUCGACGAGAGGGCGGGAGCAAUCUCUACCCGAUGCUCCACCUCUCAUCCGACGGACAUCUCUUCAUCUUCGCCAACCGCGACUCGAUUCUCUUCGACUACAAGCGCAAUCGCGUCGUCAAGACGUAUCCGAGAAUCCCGGGGAAGGGGUCGAGAAGCUACCCGAGCACCGGCUCAUCCGUGAUCCUCCCCUUAAGCCACACGAAUGGGUUUCGAACUGUCGAGGUCAUGAUUUGCGGGGGGGCGGCGCCGGGGGCCUUUUCCGCGGCGAAACAAGGCCGGUUUUUAAAGGGAUUAAGCUCGUGUGGCCGAAUGGUGAUCACCGGAAAUACACACCGGUGGAAAAUGGAGACAAUGCCGGCGGCUCGGCUAAUGAACGAUAUGAUCAUGCUCCCGACGGGGAACGUCCUCAUAAUAAACGGCGUCAAGCACGGUUGCGCCGGGUGGAACUCGGCGACGUACCCGUCGUACCACCCGUACCUCUACAAACCUAAAAAGGUCGCCGGGCGACGUUUUACGGUCCUGAGGGCGUCGAGCAUCGCCCGGAUGUACCAUUCGUCGGCGUUGCUGCUACCCGACGGGAGGAUUCUCGUCGCGGGGAGCAACCCGAACAACCGGUACGUGUACCGGAACGUGGUGCACCCGACGGAGCUCCGCCUCGAGGCGUUCGUCCCGCCGCACAUGGCGAGGAAUUUCGACGACGUCCGGCCCCACAACGUGUCAGUGUACGCCAACGGGAACGACGAGGCGGUCGCCUACGGAGAGGAUUUCAGCGUGAAGUUCGUGUUGGGGAAGAAGGACGACGAGAAGAAGACAAGAGUUGCCGGGAGCAACGUCGUGUUCACGGCGUACGCCGUGCCGUUCCACACGCAUUCGAUAUCGAUGAAUCAACGGCUGCUGAUGCUGAGGUGCAAACACAUGGUGAGGACGGCCGACGGGUGGAUGAACGCGCUGGUGGCGGCGCCGCCGUCUCAGACGGUGGCGCCGGCGGGGUAUUAUUUGCUGACGGUGGUGAAUGACGGGAUUCCGAGCAGAUCUCUGUGGAUAAAGUUUGUGCAUGGUUGA